CAACUCGAUCCACAACAUCGAGCAAAAUGUCAUCUUCAUCUGCAUUGUUCUCCUUCUUCUUCUUAUCACUCAUUUUCUCCAUUGUUAAAGCUUCUGUUCCUCCCUCAGCCACAUUUCAAUUUGUCAACGAAGGUGAAUUUGGAGAAUACAUUGUUGAGUAUGAUGGGAAUUACAGAGUCCUAAGUGUGUCCAAUUCUCCUUUCCAACUUUGCUUCUAUAACACCACCCCAAAUGCUUACACUCUUGCUCUACGCAUGGCCACCACUCGAUCAGAAUCACUCUUCCGUUGGGUUUGGGAAGCCAACAGAGGCAAACCGGUUCGUGAAAACGCCACCCUCACGUUUGGAACUAAUGGAAAUCUUGUCUUGGCCGAUGCUGAUGGCACCAUAGCCUGGCAAACAAACACUGCCAACAAGGGCGUUGUUGGAUUCAAGCUACUGUCAAAUGGCAACAUCGUGCUUCACGACUCAAAGGGCAAUUUCAUUUGGCAAAGUUUCGACCAGCCAACUGAUACUCUCUUGGUGGGUCAAUCUCUCCGCGUUGGAGGAGUAACAAAGCUCGUGAGCCGAGCAUCCGAUAAAGAAAACAAAGAUGGGCCUUAUAGUUUUGUAUUGGAGUCGAAACGAUUGGCGUUGUAUUAUCAGAUCAAAAACUCCCCACGCCCUGUUGUGUACUCCGCGCCAGAACUAUGGAAUAGUCAGGGCUCUCUUGAGUCUGUGAAAUUCAAUUCCGCCCCAGAGAAUGAUGACGGUUCUGCUUAUGAACUAACUCUAGAGCUCUCAACUGGCGGCAAUCUUAUUUUGGGUAGGCCAAAAUACAACGGCACGUUGUCAAUUCUCCGACUAGGAGUAGACGGAAAUGUCAGGAUUUUCACUUACUACGAUAAGGUUGAUUGGGGGGCAUGGGAGGAGACUUUCACUCUCUUCUCCAGAGAUUCAAUUUGGGAAAAUGAGUGCCAAUUGCCGGAGAGGUGCGGCAAUUUUGGGGUGUGUGAUGAGUAUCAAUGCGUUGCUUGCCCAUCAGAGAAAGGCCUGCUGGGGUGGAGCCAGCAGUGUGAAGCUAAGAAGUUAACAUCUUGUGGGGUGAAUGAUUUUCAUUAUUAUAAGGUUGAAGGAGUGGAUCAUUUCUUGAGCAAGUAUAAUUCAGGAACUGGACCAAUCAAAGUAGAUGAAUGUGGGAAAAAUUGUACAAAAGAUUGUAAGUGUUUGGGGUAUUUUUACAACCAGGAGACAUCAAGAUGCUGGAUUGCUUAUGAAUUGAAGACUCUAACUAAAGUCUCAAACUCAACACAUUUUGGUUACAUUAAGGUACCCAACAAGUAAAUACAUUUGUGUUUUUCUCGUUUGUUGUAGCUUUUGUUUCUGCUGGAAACGAUUGGAGACUCAUUAUAAUAAGGCAACUGUGGAAUUCGAGUCGCCACAGAAAGUUGUGUUUGUUAGUAGAUCAAAAAAAUAAAAGCGUUGGUUUAUGAAAGCUUUCCCUUACAAUGCUCUUCUCUUCCUUUUUGUUCUUGCUUCAAUUUUACAGAAAAGGGUGAUUGGUUAA